GUCGGGCACGUUCUGUGCCGUGUACAUCUGUUUAAAUUACCUUAGACUAAUCCAUCGACAAACUAUUCAGAAGUCACUAAGAAAACAUUUCAUUCAGGUAUUAGCUGAUCAAUAGAUCUGUUAAAACAGGAAAAAGAAGUAUAAAUAGUAAAACCGAAAAUGCCUCGGUGUCAGUGUUCUAGCACCGUACCAAAAACAAAUACUAAGCCGUAUAGUCAUUCCAUCUAAGACUAAGAUGUUCAUCUUCGGUAAAUGGGCUCCUAUAUUUUUCACGCUUGUAUCAACCUGUACGCCAUUUUUUAUUCACAAAAAAGAAGAUACUGAUACUGUUAUACUGACUCAUGUGGUAUUCAGGCAUGGUAAUAGAACCACCGAUAGUUCCCUGUACCCUAAAGAUCCUUACCUCAAUUACGACUACUUUCCUUAUGAUUAUGGGCAACUUACAAAUGCGGGAAAAGUGAAAGAAUACACAAUAGGAACAUCUUUGCGUGAGCGUUACGAUGCAUUCUUAGGAGACGUCUACUACCCGAAAAUUGUGGAUGCCAGAAGUACUGACACCAAUAGGACAAAGAUGUCACUAGAACUAGUGCUUGCAGGUUUAUUUCCACCCAGGACAACUCAAAUAUGGAAUCCGAUGAAUCUAACCUGGCAGCCUAUUCCUUACAACUACCUACCUUCAUCUCAGGACAAGGAACUACAAGGACAUCUAUGUCCAAAGUACCUCGAAGAGUACAACAGAAUAAUAUCUUCUGAUAAGUUUAAGGCCGAAUUCAAUAAAUAUAGUGAUACCGUGGUGUAUCUGAAUAAAAAUACGGGAUUAAACCUUACCUCGUUUCACGAUGUUUAUAACUUGUACUUCGUUCUAACGACUGAAGAAGAGUUUGGAUUGAAGUUGCCAAAAUGGACAGAAUCGGUGUAUCCAGAUUUGGUUAGAGAAAUGGCUAUCAGAGAAUAUCUGACCGGAAGUGGAACGGAUAAUUCAAAACGAUUGGGCACAGGAUACCUGAUUAAGAAGAUUAUAGAAGAUACCCAAAACAGAAUAAAGGACUUAGAAAACAAGCGUGGAAGGAAGAUCUAUCUAUAUUCAGCUCAUGAGUCAAACAUUGCGAGGUUGUUAUUAUUCUUAGACAUAUUUCAGCCAUUACAUGUUCCGAACUAUGGGUCAUACAUCAUCUUCGAAAUACACAAAAAGGACGAUGAAUAUGGAGUCAAGGUGUUUUACCAGGAUUACCUCUCAGAAUCUUUGAACCUUGUUAGACUGCCAGCAUGUCAAGAUCUUUGUCCCUUGGACAAAUUUAUCAAGUUAUACCAAGAUCUAAUACCAGAUGAUGAUUCCGAAUGUGGUUAGUAAACUUUUGUGAUGAAAAUAUACAUUUUCUAACAACCGA